CCCAGCAGCCUCUGGGGACAGGCAGAGAGUGGGGCUGAGAAGUUGUUGGCACAUCACCAUCUUGCUGAAAAGGGCUUUUCUGGAGCAGGAUUUAUAGUGUUAGCUUGGCAUUGCUGCUUGGCUUUGGCCAGAGCUCAAAAUAGUGUAGCCAAACGUGCAUGGAGAAAUGGUCUGGAGUGCAUCCCCCUUCCCCCUCACCCCCAAAUGUGGGGUGUGAGGCCCUCAGACGUUAGGCAGGCUCUGGGGAGGUGCAUCCUGUCCUGUACCCCCUUCCCCACACCCACACUCCCAGGCACUGGUUAGCCGCAGGUCUGAGCUCCUCUGGGAACAGCAAGUAAAUCUGAGACAGUUUAUGUGUGUCCCAGGCACAUCAGGACUCAGUGCAUGUCCAGACCUCGGGCACAGUCGGGAUUGAGGCCAGCCACAAGGGACUUGGGCAGCCACUGCCCCUUGUUGCUCCCAUGCUGCUCCCUGGAGCUGAGGAUGGUUCUUCCGAGAGCACUGGACCAUGACAGGUCCUUUGCCCCAUCCUGCUGGGCAGGAAUUUGCCGAGCAAUAGCACUGGAUUCAAAGCCAACCUCUUCCCUAGGCUGCCCCUUUUCCUGCUGUCCCCACCUGCUUGGGGCUUGUCUGCUCAAGGUGGGGCAAACUCACUCUGACCUGCAGCGCUUGGCCCAUCACCCCAGCCACAUGCCUCUGGAUCAUCCUGAAACAGAACAGGGGCUGGAGGAGGGGCGGCUCUCAGGCCCCCGCCUGCCUGCCCAGCACCUUCCUGGAGUAUAGUCUGGGGAGUACCUGGCACCCUGCUGAACCCCAGACAGGAUCUGACCCUGUCGCCUUCUCAGCACUGGGGCUGGUCUCCAGCCCUGCUGCAAGCCCCCUGCAAAACUGCCAGCGUCAGUGCCAGCAGCAGGGGCAGUGCUGCUCGGCAUGUGCUCCUGUCCCGCCUAUCGUCCCCGCAAGCCCCGGCACACAGUGGCUGGCCCUGCCUCAAGGCGUUCCCUGCCCGGGCCCCCCCAUCUCUUCCCCGUGCCCGGAAGCCCUGGGAAGAGUUCCGCCAGGAAAGCAAAGUCCAGGCUGCAGGACUCAGGGCAGCCAUGGCCAGGCACUGUGGGGCAAUGGCAACCAGGAUCCAGGCAAGACUGAACACAGUCUGCUCUUCCCGCUGGCUGCAGGACUGGCAUCUGUCCCUGGGGCUGUCAGGAGCACGUUUGACCCACGCCGGGGCUGCAGAGCGACUGCAGCGGGAGUACGACGCGGUGGUGAUCGGGGCAGGUAACGGAGCAAGGGAGCAAGCUGCCUACCUGCAGCAGGCAGGGGUGCGCACAGCUGUGCUGGAGAAGCGCCACGUGCUGGGCGGUGCAGCUGUCACAGAGGAGAUUGUGCCAGGGUUCAAGUUCUCCCGGGCGUCGUACCUGCUCAGCCUGCUGCGGCCACAAAUCUAUGCCGAGCUGGAGCUGCAGCGGCAUGGCCUGAGGGUGCUCCCACGGGACCCCUACUCCUUCACCCCACUGCUGGAGGACAGGAGCCCUCCUCGCUCCCUCCUGCUGGGACACAACAUGGCCCAGAAUCAGCAGCAGAUUGCUCAGUUCUCCCAGAAGGAUGCCCAGGCUUACCCUGAGUAUGAGGCAUUCAUGGGGGGCAUGGUGUCGGCCCUUGACCCACUGCUGGAUUCUCCUCCAGUGGAUACAGCUGCCCUGGGGAAGGGGUCUCUGCUGCAGCAGCUCAGGAACCUGCGAGCCCUGUGGCCCCUGCUGCAGGCAGCUGGGCACCAGCAGCCAGCCCAGGUACAGCAAUGCAGCUCUCACACCACCUCUCCACCCCCAGGGCUGGCGCUCGGCCAGCAGCUGCCCCGCUAUUACGAGGUGCUCACAGCUCCCAUCUCCAAGAUCCUGGAUCAGUGGUUUGAGUCAGAGCCCCUGAAGGCAACUCUGGCUACUGACGCGGUGAUUGGAGCCAUGACUAGCCCCCACACCCCCGGCAGCGGGUACGUGCUGUUGCACCAUGUCAUGGGCGAGCUAGAGGGACGGCGGGGAGCCUGGGGCUACGUGGCAGGUGGGAUGGGAGCCCUGUCCCAAGCCAUUGCCCACGCAGCGACAGCCCGGGGAGCCCACAUCUUUGCUGAGAAGGCAGUGUGCCACGUGCUGCUGGGCAGGGACGGGCGGGCACAGGGUGUUGCGCUGCAGGAUGGUACAGAGGUGAGGAGUAAACUGGUGCUCUCCAAUGCCUCCCCCCAAAUCACUUUCCUGGAACUCAUUCCUCAGAAGCAGCUGCCGAAGGAUUUUGUCCAGCGGAUCCGGCAGGUUGACACACGCUCCCCCGUCACCAAGAUCAAUGUGGCAGUGGAUCGGCUGCCCAGCUUCCUGGCUGCCCCCAAUGCCCGUGACGGCCAGCCCCUGCCCCACCACCAGUGCUCCAUACAUCUCAACUGCGAGAACACCCACCUCCUGCAUCAGGCAUUCACCGAGGCUACCCACGGACACCCCUCCAACAGGCCCAUGAUCGAGCUCUGCAUCCCCUCAGCGCUGGACCCAGGACUGGCCCCACAGGGCUGCCACGUUGUGUCCCUCUUCACCCAGUACACCCCGUCCGUGCUGGCAGAUGGUCAGUCCUGGGACGAGCAGGCCAGAAAUGCGUAUGCAGACAGGGUGUUCGACUGCAUUGAAGACUAUGCCCCAGGAUUUAAGGCAUCCGUCAUUGGCAGGGAUAUCCUGACACCACCAGACCUGGAGAGGAUCUUCGGACUGCCCGGUGGAAACAUCUUCCACGGAGGGAUGUCUCUGGACCAGCUGUACUUUGCCCGGCCAGCACCAUCUUACUCUGGCUACCGGUCCCCAAUUCCUGGCUUGUACCUGUGUGGAAGUGGAGCCCACCCUGGAGGAGGAGUGAUGGGAGCAGCAGGACGCAAUGCUGCCCAGGUGGCCCUCAAGGACUUCAGGAGCCUCUGAUGACAAUGGUGACGCUGACUUCACCAAUACAGGCUUGUGGCAGCAGCAAGCCUCAUUGAUCCCAUGCAGAGCCCUGUCCAUCCCCAAAUUGCUUACCAGACACCUCAGAGCAGCAUCCCCAGAGAGAUGAGGGUGCAGUCUGGCAGGGUCCAGCUGUGCUCUCAGCUGCUACUAUCUUGAACAGGUGGCUUCUCCCAGCCUACCACAACCCAGCUUUGCUGCAGUGACUUGUGCACUGUGUGAUCCUGGUAAGCCUCACUCAGCCCCUGCCUGUGCCCAUGGAAAUAAACCUUGGCCCGGGCUCUGU